AAAGGUGUCACGAACGAUGAGCUAGCUCACGUAGAACUAAUUUCAAAUGAAUUUAUCAAUAAUAAUAAAAUUGUAUAUUCGAAGGAUGUUCCAUUAGCUGUCGCAAAGGCCAUUCAUGGUCUUCGCGCUGUAUUUGGUGAGGUAUACCCUGAUCCUGUUAGAGUAGUAUCCAUAGGAUAUGAUGUGAACGAUAUCGUGCAGGACGUAUCAAAUCCAAAAUGGGGUGAUACUUCGAUAGAAUUUUGUGGCGGAACUCACGUUGCAAAAACCGGUGAUAUCAAAGGUUUUGUUAUUUUGGAAGAAUCUGGUAUUGCUAAAGGCAUUCGUAGAAUAGUCGCUGUGACCGGAGAAGAAGCUCAGCAGGCUAUUAAAAUUGCUGAUGAGUUCCGAAUCAAAAUUGAUAAGAUCUCAAAAUUACAAGGGGCAGAAUUGGAUUCUGCACUUAAACAAGUAUCAAAAGAACUUGAUGCUUCAGAUAUAUCGUCAUUAAAAAAAUCAGAAUAUCGUGAAACGUUAAAUGAACUAAGAAAAGCCUUUAAUGAUUCUGACAGGGCCAGGAAAGCUGCACAAACAAAAGAGGUUAUAGAUAUAAUAAAUAAUUAUUUUGAAAAAAAUCCUAAUAGUCCGUAUAUCAUCAAAUUACUAGAUGUUGGGUCAAACACAAAGGCUAUUGCUGGUGGUAUCUCACAUUGUAAGACAAACUUAAAAGACAAGGCUGCUUACUUAUUUUCGGUUGAUGAAACUUCAAGUCGUGUAGCUCAUAGUUGUAUUGUGGGUAAGCAUUUAGUUAAUAAAGGACUAAAAGCUGCUGAUUGGGCUAAAGCCGUAUCUGAAAGUGUUGGUGGAAAGUCUGGAGGUAAAGAUGAUGCAGCUCAAGGCAGCGGAACAAAUGUUAAUGAAAUUGAUAAUGCAUUAAAAGUUGCAGAACAAUUUGCUAAACUUCAAUUGUCACUAUAG